AUGAUGUCCAAUCCACCUUCAUCUCUUCAUCACGGACAGGCAAUGCACCGGAGACAACAUUCGACACCGGUUGCAGCCUCUGAAGCCAUGAAGGUCAACACCAGUAUGCCACCACAACGACAAACACUUCACAAAAGAGGACAAUCGUUUGACCAGCAACGAAGUCCUAUCCGAAGACAACAACACCACGGCAAUACGCGGCAGAAAAUAGCAAGACCGGGCCAGCACUUGCAACUAAAUCUUGAUAUACCAAUCUCUCCAGAUUGUGGUAUCUACUCUGGGGUCUCUGGAUCAAUGCCCGAGACUUUGGAAAAUAUGCCAAUGAAUGCUUUUGUGCACCAGAAUCCCCAGUGCAUGGAAUUCCCUCAUUCACAACAGUUCUUCUCCGACAUGAACAUGUCGAUGCGCAGUGGAAUGCCGAGCAUGUCCGUCAUGGACGAGAACAGUCCUCAAUAUCUCUUUGACGCGCAGGCUCACAACCUUCAUUCUCAGCGUACCCGCAACCUCUCAUUCGACGCGCGCAGACAGUCUCAACCAGAGCUGCGUGUGCAGACCCAGUUGCGCCCUCAUACUCCUUCACAUCAAAUCCAGACUGCACAAUUUCCUCUCACGCCUCCCUUCAGUCAGCACACCUCGGGUGCUCAAUAUUCUCGCUCGCUCCAAGCAUCACCGUCUCUGCAAUCGCCAUAUCCUCUUCCAAUGACUAGAGACCGGUCGUUGCAAGGCAUCAUCGAACACGAAGAGUUCAAGGCCGAUUUCAUGAAUACCCCAACAGCUGCCAAUUUCGAGAUCGCCGAGUUGCCAACUCCAGCGGCUCGAAGACAACUCGCGAGUCCUCAAAUGCUUCCUCAGGGUGAGCCUCGUAAGGCGGUUGGCUCAUCGCCACCUGCGAUGCCAUCUGACGACAACAUGCCAAAGCUUGGUGAACGACCCACGCCGGUUCUGACCACAGGUGCAGUCCCAGCUGGUAGUGCAUCACCAGGACGUCCGGCUCUGUCACCUCGCCGAAUGUCCAUCUCGGAUUUGAAUCUAGAGCCUGGAAUCUCGGCAUCUAUUGAAGAGACAAACAUCACGCUCGACGACAUCGCACAGUUCAUUGAAGGACCUGACCCCGCAGACAACAAAUGGGUUUGCACGUACCCUCAGUGUGACAAACGCUUUGGUCGUAAAGAGAACAUCAAGUCACACGUCCAGACCCAUCUCGGCGACCGUCAGUUCCGCUGCGACCAUUGCGGCAAAUGCUUCGUGCGAGGCCAUGAUUUGAAGCGCCACGCCAAGAUCCACACUGGCAACAAGCCUUACCCGUGUGCCUGCGGCAACUCGUUUGCCCGUCACGACGCUCUGACCCGUCAUCGUCAGCGAGGCAUGUGUAUUGGCGCGUUCGAAGGGACCGUCAAGAAGAUCGUCAAACGCGGCCGCCCACGCAAGCACCGCCCAGAAAUGGACGAGCGUGUCGACAAGGCCCAGCGCACCCGCACAAAGAAUGCUGCCGUUCAUGGAAGCGAGUUUUCCAACGACCCGUACCCGUCGUCCUCGUCUAGCUACUCGGCAUCAAGCUACGGUUCACCCCCGACUGAGGACAUGGACAAUCUCAGCAUCCGAGCCACACCGCCCUUUGACAACGGCAUGCAAAUGUUCGGCAGCAUCUCCUCCAACAACAACAACCGCCAUGUCGUCGGAAUCGAGCCAAUGCUCACUUUCCCACCCGACUCAUUCUCCUUCACCCCACCCGCGAGCCCAGGCUACUCGACUGGCAACAAGCCGAGCCCAACGUAUCGCGAACUCAGCCCGGCCGACUUCAUUGAGCACGCCGCUGAGGCUUCGCAGAUGCUUCCGGACUUGCCGAGCAUGGAUCCCAGCUUGUCCGUCAUGAACGGUGUCAACAACAACCACGGGUACUCUGCUCAGAGCCUGCCCAGCUUGUCGCAUUCCAGCUCCUCGCCCGCUGCCGACGUGGUUGCGUUCGACUUCUCCGACCACCUCCCACCCGACAGCUCGUCGGCCAUGGUGAUGAGCUCGUCGCAGAUGCCCAUGAAGCUCGACAACGACCGUAACGACUUCGACGCUUUUCUCGACUACGGCGGCAUGGAAAUGAACAUGGACCCUGGCGUGCAAGACUUCUUCUCCAUCUAG